AUGGCGUCGCUAUUAUGUUUAAAUCCAAAAGCUGAAUUGGCUCGUCACGCCGCUGCACUCGAAUUAAAUAUUAGUGGUGCAAAAGGCUUGCAAGAUGUUAUGCGUACAAAUCUUGGCCCUAAGGGAACUAUGAAAAUGCUUGUUUCUGGAUCUGGCGAUAUUAAAUUGACAAAAGAUGGUAAUAUCCUUCUCCAUGAAAUGCAAAUUCAACAUCCUACAGCUGCAAUGAUUGCGAAAGCUACAACAGCACAAGAUGAUGUUACUGGUGAUGGGACUACUUCUACUGUUUUAUUAGUCGGUGAACUUCUGAAAUACGCUGAAUUAUUUGUUAACGAAGGUGUGCAUCCUCGAUUGAUCACGGACGGUUUCGAAAUAGCGAAUGCCAAAACAUUGGAAUUUCUUGAAUCCUUUAAGCAGUCUGUCAAAAUGGAACGGCCUUUACUUAUAGAGGCAAUGAUUAUAUGUUUUAUUCGUUAUUAUCAUAUGUUUUCGCCUUUUUUAAUCGUUGCAAGAACGGCUCUUCGUACGAAGCUAAAUCAGAAAUUAGCGGAUCAUAUUACUGAAUGUGUUGUUGACGCUGUUCUAGCAAUUCGUCAAGGUGAUGAUCUAAAGCCGGAUUUGCACAUGAUUGAGAUACAAGUCAUGCAGCAUGAAACUGACAUGGAUACGAAAUUGAUUCGUGGAAUAGUUUUGGAUCAUGGCGGCCGACAUCCAGAUAUGCCAAAGAAUGUGGAAAAUGCUUAUAUUCUAACAUGUAAUGUGUCUCUUGAAUAUGAAAAAACUGAAGUAAAUGCUGGAUUUUUCUAUAAAACGGCGGCGGAAAGAGAACGUUUAGUUUCAGCUGAAAGAGAGCAUAUCAUGAAAAGAGUACAGAAAAUUGUCGAUUUAAAAAAAAUGGUUUGCGAUGAUGCUGAAAAAAAAGAUGGGAAAAAACGAGGAUUUGUUGUCAUAAAUCAAAAAGGUAUUGAUCCUCCAUCUUUGGAUUUAUUAUGUCAACAUGGUAUAUUGGCUCUCAGGCGUGCGAAACGUCGGAAUAUGGAGCGUCUACAAUUGGCCGUUGGUGGUGAAGCAGUUAAUUCUGUUGAUGAUUUAACUCCAGAAGCACUUGGCUUUGCUGGUUUAGUUUAUGAGCAUGUUUUGGGAGAAGAUAAAUUCACUUUCGUUGAAGAAUGCAAAAAUCCCAAAUCGGUAACACUUUUAUUAAAAGGGCCAAAUAAGCAUUCUAUUACUCAAGUUAAAGAUGCAAUUCACGAUGGUCUUCGAGCAGUUUAUAACACUCUAGGAGAUGGUGCAGUGGUGCCAGGUGCUGGAGCUUUUGAAGUGGCUGCACACUGUAUGCUUAAGAAAGAAAUUUAUAAUGUUAAAGGCCGCGUGAAACUUGGAAUUCAAGCUUAUGCCGACGCGCUGCUUGUAAUUCCAAAGACAUUGGCAAUAAAUGCAGGUUUUGAUGCGCAGGAAACAAUUGUAAAGUUAAUUGAAGAGCGAAUGGAAUCUCACGAAUCUCUUCCUAUUGGGUUGGACAUAACAACUGGCGAAGCGAUUAAUCCUUUGGGUAUUUGGGAUAAUGUUAUCGUUAAACGUAACAGUUUAUCAUCUUGCUGUGUCAUUGCUUGCAAUCUCCUCCACGUUGAUGAAAUUAUACGAGCUGGUUUACCGAAUCUUAAAGAAAGACAAUAA